GCAGAGGCAGCAUCUAAACCCUAUAUUUAUUUAGGUAAGCAUCUAAACCCUACAUUUUCUAUCCUAGCUUAUGCGACAAUCUCAAUCUCCACCGUAUACAAAAACCGUAGACCGCUCAUCUUCCAUCUCAUUUUCUGCACCAUACACCACAUAAAUCCAUACAAAUCCCCAACCCUGCUAAUCCAUGGCCAAGAAGAAGGUAACCCACCAAGACAAACAACCCAACAGCGAAGAAGAAGAAGAACAGACCCAUCAAGCCGCAGCCAUGGACGACGCUUCAGAGAAGCUUCAACGCUUGAAGAGCCUCAACAGUAUUCUUCUCAAGGAGACCACUGAGAAACGCAAACAACUGGACUCACUCCGCCAGGAAAAAGGGUCUUUGGAAUCGGAGCUAACUCGGUCUGAAACGGAAAGGGGGGUCUUGCAGGGCGAGUUGACUCACUUGCAGGACGGUAUAGCACGACUGGAGUUGGAGAGGAACUUGGUUUCUGAAUUUGUUUCUGUGCAGGUCAAUCAACAGGUUGAAGUGAUUGCGGAGGAGAGAAAUGGGCUUGUGAGAGAAAGAGCAGAGAUUGAGGGGAGAUUGCAGAAUCUAGAGAGAGAAAUGAGGGAAGUGGUGAGAGAGAAGAGUGGGAUUGAGAAGGCGAAGAGAGAGAGAGAGUCUAAAAUUGGGUUGUUGGAGAAGAAAUUGAGCGAGCUUCUUGUUGAAAUUGAAAAAGAAAGAGAUGUAUCCAAACAUUUGUGGCAAGAGAGGGAUGUGGUGAGGACUGAACUUGAUGUUCAAAUUGAGGAAACAAAUGGGUUGAAAGCAGAACUUGUUGAGACAGUGAAGAGAGAGAGGAAAAUUCGAGAAGAGUUUCAGAAACUGGAGAGAGAGUACAAUGGCCUAAUGGUGGAGAAAGAAGAGAGAGAAAGAAGGAUUGAAUCGAUGACAAGGGACAUGGAAGCCAUUGAGAGAAGCUUGGUGGAGGCGAAUCGGGUAAUUGAGGAAUUGAAGGGAGAGAUUGAGAGAAUUGUGAGAGAGAGAGAAGGGAUUGAGGAGGAGAGAAAUGUGGAAGCGAGAAAGAAAAUUGAGUUGGAAAGUUUUGUGUCUGAGCUCAAGAAGAUGCUACUGCUUCUGCAAAAGAAGGAAGAGAGGUUGCGCGUGAACGUUGCCGAAUUGGAGAAGUGGUGUGUUGAAGGUGUGGAGAAGGAAAAGAAGAUGGUGAUGGAGAUUGAUGUAUUGGUGGAUGAGAAGAAGAAGAGGGAAAAGAGCUUUGAGAGCUUAAUUGAAGAAAAGGGUGUCAUCGUGAAAGAUUUGGACGAGGCUUUGAAGCAGUUAGAUUAUCAAAAGCAAAUGUUGGAUGAAAUUGUUAGAGAGAAAAUUGAGAUUGAUGAAGUGAAAGUCAGUAGGGAAAGUGAAAUUGUUGAAAUGCAGAAAGAGACUGCUAAACUUAGGAAUGUUGUAUCAGUUUUGGAAGAGUCGAGCAAGGAUCAAGUAAAGAAAAAUGGGCAAUUACAAUCUGAAGUUAUCAAGUAUAGAGAUGUAUUGAAUUUAGUCACAAUUGAAAGGGAUGAGACUAGAAAAGGACUUGAUGAGGAGAAAAUGAAUGGUACAAGGUUGAGAGCGAAAAUUUUGGAACUAGAGAACAAUAUUGAAGAAUCCCACAAGACAGUAGGGCAAGUGAAGGAUGAAAAUUGCAGCCUAACGCGGGAAAAGGAAGAGUUGCAAAGCCGGUGUACGAUGUUGAUGGAUGAAAUAGCUUCACUAAAGAAUACACUUUCAAAAACCCAAAAAGAUUUUGAUGAUAUGCAGGCCAAAGUGGAAGUAGCGGAUUGUAUCUCGGAGCUUGCGUUAAACAUGUUGAGGAACACGGCUUCAUUGGUUCGUCAGAUUAAAGAUGAAGGAGGCGUUAUGGAGGAAAGUUUGCUCAACAAUGAAGAGAAGGUAGGAGAAGAAAUGGAGCCUUAUGCCGCGGAAUUGGAAGCUAUCAAGAACUCUUUCAAGAACAGGGAGAGUAGGGUAGAGGACUUGAAGCGACAAGUCGAGUUUUUGCAAAAUGCUGUAGGAGAAGCUCAUAAGAAGAAGAGUUUCUGGACUUUGGUGUCCUCUGCAACAACAAUUUUUGCUGCUGCAGCUUCUGUUGCAUACAUUGCUCGUGGUCGAUAAGCGUGGCUGUUCUUUUUGUCACCAAUUGUAAGAAGAAAGUAGUCAUGGAUGUGGAAAUCAUGUCCUAGAUGUUCUUGAUCACUUCUUAAACAUAAGGAACUGUAGUUGUCCUAUGCUUUUCAUAUGUUAUUAUGCAAUAUUUUGAUGUUA